GGGAUAUUCUGUAAUGAAAGCAAGUUCUACACUAAUAUUUUUAACAAACAUCACUAGCCCAGGGAAUGGGAUUUCCUAAUACUUUGUGUUUUCUUGACCAUUUAGGUGCGUGUUCACAUGGCACUUCUGUAGGUAGAACAGAAAGUGGGUCCAACUUUUGAAAAUGAAAACUUGCUGUGGUACUGACACAAGUUUACUUCUUGUAAAUACUUCACCUUAAGUUCUUGCUGCAGAGUGACAAAAAUAGUAAUACUGCUUUUCAGAUGUUGGGGUAAUUCAUCUUAAUGUCCGCUAAUCACAUGGAAUCACAUAAGGCAGCCCCAGUCACCCACAUGCAUCACACACCAGUGCAGAACCAUCUGACACUCCACCUAUUCUUUCGAGCAGAAGGAACUACCACAACAUACUGGACAAAGCUAACAAUACUUCCACAGUCUUGCAGAAUGCAAAUUAACAGCCACAGAAAGGUUUUUGUUUAGACAUGGGGUUUUCAACAACACCGCCAACAGCGCUGCUGCAAGUUCUCGCGGUGUGUGUGAAGGAAAAUACUCCAAGGGCCAAAAUCCAAUUCAAGACUAGAAAUAUACCAGUAGACAUGAUGAGUGCCAAAGAAUAGUCCAAGGUGGCUCCACCUUUAGUGGAGUUGUUGAAUAAAUACUACAGUACUGUUGUGCCUAUUCAACUACAAAAAAAAAAAACAAAAAAAACUACAGCAAGUUCACAUGCUGACUCUUAUAAUCAACUGAACAUCAACUCGUCUACAUCUAAGGCACUGAACAGACAGAGUAAGUAUACAAAUAUUUACUCACUUGUCAGUUCAUUAGGUACACCUAGCUAAAACUAAUACAGUCUAAUGCAACAGUCCUGCAAUAAAUCCUCCAUUGCAAUGGUUAUAAUGUUUGGUUUAUGUUGAAAAAAGCAAAAGAGAAGAAAUACAUGUAUAAAAUGUUCUUUAAAAUGUUUCUAUUAUAUUAUUCUAGUAAACUGAUAUUUUUAUUGUCAUCAAAGACUGUUUAAAAAUAUUCAAUCACCUUUAUAAUCCAAAUCUUAUGUGUAUUUUACAGACAAAGAAAAACUGUGAUUACAAACGUGUAUUUUUCCUACUGGGGAGAAGCCUGUCCCAUUAAAAGGCCUGGGGAACCCCUCAGACUGUUUUUAUGACCCACUCAGGCUCUGCGUCCCCACUGCCAGGAUUUACAUCCAGUUUUGAGCAGGACACAGGGAACAUCCGUGGCCCCGCCCCCACCGCCGGCUACGUCGUAGUCAUGGAGAAUGCGUCCCACUGUCGUCCAAUGAGAAGCGUCGCUGGGGCCAUGUGUGUAUUGUUUAAACUGCUCAAAUCAGACAGAGUUUCCAGACCGAAAGAACUUCCACCAAACUGAGUGAUGGCGGCCGCCGUGUCUGUUAGCGCAGCUGCCAAGGAUGAAAGCACAGACACAGGACUUAGUUUCGCGUCUCGUCCGCUUCAUGAACAUUACGACCUCGCUGCGGAUCACGAAAACUGGAUGGCCGGAGACCGCCGACAUCCCGAAAUCGAAGCCAGCGAGGAGGAAUCGACACCGGGACGCGAGUGUCAGCGGAGGGUCGACGAGGACCUGACAUCCCUGAGCCCCGAAGAGAUCGAGAGCCGCUUGGAGAGAACUCGUCGGGAGUUUUACAACCGUAGAAAAAUCAUCAUAAAAAACCUACCCUCCGACGUUAGCAAUCAGGAGGUCCAUGAACUGUUGGGCAGCUAUGACUUGAAGUACUGCUUUGUUGACAAAUACAAGGGCACAGCGUUUGUGACACUUCUCAACGGGGAGCAGGCGCAGUCUGCCAUCAAAGAGUUCCACCAGCAUGUGCUACGGGACAGGGAGAUCUCUGUGCAGCUACAGCCAACCGACGCCCUGCUGUGCAUCGCCAAUUUGCCCUGUGCUUUCACCCAGCAGCAGUUUGAGGAGUUAGUGCGACCCUUUGGUAACCUGGAGCGCUGCUUUCUGGUGUACAGUGCCUCCACUGGGCAUUCCAAGGGUUAUGGCUUUGUGGAGUACAUGAAGAAGGACUCAGCGGCCAGGGCCAAGUCAGAGCUUUUAGGAAAGCAGCUGGGCUCCCGCAUGCUGUACGUCCACUGGACUGAAGUGGGCUCCCUCACAUACCCAUUGCUGCACUCCAAAUGUCUGUGUGUGGACCGCCUGCCCCCGAACUUGCUGACAGCCCAAGACCUCCGCAACGCGCUGGCUGACACCCAUGCCCCAGUCUUCUGCCAGUUGGCUCAGGGACAAGAUGGAAGUUUUCGACGGUUUGCCGUUUUGGAGUUUGCCACCGCAGAGAUGGCCGAAGAGGCACAGCGACUCACUGAUGGCAGGCUGCUGGGCGGGACACACAUCAGGGUGUCCUUCUGUGCCCCUGGCCCUCCCGGAAGAAGCAUGUUGGCUGCUCUGAUUGCUGCCCAAACCAUGGCUGUGAACAGGGGAAAAGGUCUCCUCCCUGAUCCCACAGCCAUGCAGAUACUCACAGGCCUCAAUAACCCCGCUACCCUCAAGAUGCUGCUCAACCCACUGUCACAGGGACACAAGCAAGGCCUCCUUGGGGCAGCCCCUACGAUGCCACUCCUGGCCAACCCCGCCCUUUCUGCAGCCCUGCUCCAGCUGCUCAUUCAGAACCAGGCAAAGGCUCAGCAGCAAGCCUUUCUGGGAAAUCAUCUUCUGUGGGCUCAGGUGCUGCACAAUAAAGAAAACCCUCUAGUGCCUUGUGCAGGACUCAUUGGGGAGAAUCCUCUGGCUGCUCUGCCUGUCCAGCAGGGAGUCCAUCUGCUCGGAGACCUGCCCCAAGGUCUUGGUCUUCAGACUGAUCCUCUGGCCCCUUUAAAGCCAAUGCCACUUGGCAGAGCCCUCACAAGGGAGCAGGAGUCUCCCACAGCAGCAUGCACCUUCCCCCAGACUUCCUCUCCCACCCUGCAGGGCAUCUCCAUGCCCCUGAUGGGUGGCAUGAUGGGGGCAGAUGGCCUCACAGCACAAGGGGUGUCCAUACUAGGAGAUCCUCCCAAAGAUGUGAAUCUUCCCCAGAGUGCCUUCCUCAGUGUCAGCAAUGUCUUUCCCUCAGCAGGAAGCUGCAGACCUCACCCCUAUAGGAAGAGGCCUACACUAAGUAAUGUGUCCAACCAAUACACACACCAGAGCAUACAGCCGAAUUACAACCUACGCUACCAGGAUUCCUACAGCCCUGAAUACUCUCCUCUACACCAGGAUCCCUUAGCCCACUUGUAUGAACAACAGGAGAACCUUGAUGCUGGGGCCUUGGCAGGAUUCGGACAGCAGCCCUCUCGCCACCCCGACUACAGCGAGCGGUUUUCCCACUACAGUUUCCCUCCCAGUCCACCACUGUCCUCAUACUUCAGCUCAGGGCCUGAGGCCUCCAGCAACGGGAGCCUCCCUACUACCCAGCUCAACAGGGCUGUAGGAAUGCCUCCUGUGAGCCACACCACUAACUAUCCCCCAGGCCUGGGGAAUGCUGUGAAGACUCCCAUUGGUAGCCACAAGCGUGUGUUCUCCCGGCUGAUCCCAUCCCCGGAGCCAAGCCCAGAGGGUGGCUACGUGGGCCAGCACUCCCAAGGUCUUGGUGGCCAUUACGCAGACUCCUACCUUAAGCGAAAGCGUAUAUUCUAAAUACAGCUGAAUGCUUCUUGCUGUAUGAGUAGCCAUUCAACAGCCAGGACAUGAUGGCAUCUCCUCCAGUAAACUUAGCUCAGCAGUCCUUGGAUUUGUCUCCUGUGUGCUCCUGUGAAUGACCCCUGGAGGGCGCUGAGGAGUGCAGCCUGUUGCUAUCUGGACAUAUGUCACU